AUGAAGUUCUCAGUAGCCAUCUUUGCCUUGCUACCUCUCUUGGCGCUCGCCGAAGACGGCCUUGCUCCAGAAGAUCGCCCUUGGCCGGACAUUUCGCUCUGGCAAAGGAUCUCUUCCAAGCCGCAUAUGCCUCACGAUCCCAGAACCGGUACCCCUUGCCAUGUGUGGUACAACAACGACGGCACCUGGGACUGUGAUACCGUCCUGAGCUACACCACGACCGACCGACGCUGGUUCUUUGGAUGGUACGAUCCGGGACUUCCACUUCCAGAUGACGCGCUGGACAUUCUAGACACCACUUCAACGCCGACUCAGCGACCAACUCCGACUCAGACACCUAUACCCAAUGGCAUAUUUACUCCAUUUCCUGCUCAGCCGGGAAUGGUAAACAACUGCAAAAAGUUUUAUGCCGUGCGCUACGACGACACCUGCGCCUCGGUGGCUUCCCUCUUUGCCGUGUCUGUUGACGACUUUAUCAUGUGGAAUGACAUGGCCGGCAGGGACUGCCAUCAGCUCACGGUGAAGACUUUUGUCUGCGUUUUUGCUCGUGAUCAAGCGCAGCCAGCAAUCCCUACAUCUACCACAUCCACAUCUACUACGUCAGCAACCAACAGUGCAGGCACUGGCAUCCAGACACCACUGCCUACGCAGGUCGACAUGGUUGCCAACUGCAACAAAUUCCAUUACAUUUGGAAAGGCAAUACCUGUGACCAAGUAACCUGGUACAACGAUAUUACCCAGCAGCAGUUUGCCCAAUGGAACCCCAAGGUUGGUCUCGAGUGCACCAGCCUACUGCCGGACCACUACGCCUGCGUCGGCGUCGAUGGCGAAUCCUCGAUCCCAUCCGCAACCCCAACCCCUACACCGACUCCAAGCAGCACAGCUCCCUCCAACGGCAUCGAAACGCCACAGCCCACACAGCCUGACAUGACGUACGCCUGCGUCGGUGUCCUCGACGACGCCCCCCCGCCCGCUCCUGACGCGACCGUUCCGUCCAACGGCAUCGAGACCCCCCAGCCUAUACAGCCCGACAUGGUCGGCAACUGCAACAAAUUCCACUGGAUUUGGAAAGGCAACACCUGCGGCCAAGUCACGUCUUACAAUGCAAUCUCGCACCACGACUUGGCAACGUGGAACCCGCAGGUCGGAGAGCAAUGCACCGGCCUGUGGGCGGAAGCCUAUGCUUGCGUAGGAGUCAUGGCAGGCGCCGCGACGCCAGACAAGACAACCCCGUCCAACGGCAUCGAGACGCCGCAGCCGACGCAGCCGGGCAUGGUGGACAGCUGCAAAAAGUUCCAUUGGAUCAGCAAGGGUAACACAUGUUGGCAAAUCACGUCGCACAAUGGCAUCUCGCAGCAGGACUUUGCGACGUGGAACCCACAGAUCGGGGAGGAGUGCACAGGCAUGUGGGCUGAUGCGUAUGCUUGUGUUGGUGUUUAA